AUGGGCGACGGCUGUAAGUCUGCACCUGAUCCUGAACUACCUGUCCUCUCACCCGACUAUGAUGGAGCUGGAAAUUACGGGAGCAAUAAGAAAGAGGACAACUCAGUCGAUCUAGAAAGUGGUCCUAGUCGUCCGCCGACUCCUCAUGGCCCUGGUCUUCCUACAAACUUUGCUGAGGUCGUAAAGGGGAUUUAUCGAAGCAGCUACCCUCUACCAGAUCACUUCGAAUCCAUCCAGAGUCUAAACCUGAAAACCAUCAUUACACUUGUCGAUCAGGAGUACUCCCGACAGUUCAAGAAAUUUGUCAAAGAAAACGGAAUAAACACUCAUGUAAUUCCAAUCUUGGCGAAUAAAGACGCAAAAGUCUUUACUCCUCAGACCACGAUUCUCGAAGUGCUCAAGAUCCUUUUCAACCCUGACACUCACCCGGUCCUAGUCCACUGCAAUAAAGGAAAGCACCGAACCGGCUGUGUGAUUGCUUGUUUUAGAAGAGCUCAAGGAUGGUCUACUGCGGCAGCUGUGGCAGAAUAUGUUAGAUAUUCAACGCCCAAGACCCGUCUGCUAGACCGCAAAUACAUCGAGAGCUUCGAAGCCAACAUCCUAGGUGAAUUCGUGGGGCACCAUGGAGUUCAGUAUUGGGGUCGAGAGAAAAAAGCUACCCAAAAGCAAUUGUGCAACGCAGUCGACGGCGAUCGAAAUUUUCUUGAUGAAGGUGAGAAAACCCCAACUCCGAAAUCUAUUCUCCAGGAGCCGCCGAUCUACCUUACGAAUUGA